AUGAAGAAGGGGCAGGCAUCCCUCACGCCACCCCCUUCCCCAGCUGUAGGGGUUGGGGGACAGGAAGGGACGGUGGAAUCAGCCAGCCAACCACGGAUUACAAGGAGUACCAGCAGUGUUGCCGGAGCCCCUGUGAAGCAGCAGGGAUCGGCAGGAAGAUUGUGUACCCCUAAGCCUGUGGAAGGCACCUCUGCCAGUAAGUUUACUGGUGGGGACAGUACAGUCGCCACAGCGGCUGAGCCUCCAGGCAAGGAAGGGGUUAAUGUCAAUGUAACAGAAGAUAUCUCAGAUACAGAGGACUCAGACUGUGAUGAUGAUGUUUCAGAGGAAGAUUACUGGGUCCAUUUAGGCCUAAAGGAAUUAAUGGCAGAAGCUGCUAAACGUAAAUCCCGGUAUUAUGCUCGCAAGAGAAAGUGUAAUACAAUUGGCAAUUUGGAGCGGGUCAGGAUCCAGGGUGAAAUGGAUGAAAUACAAGCAACCAUGUGUAAUAUAAAGGGGAGAAUUACAUCUCUGAAGGAAUCUGAAGGAAAGAAAAAAAAGGCAAAAGUUUCCAUACCAGCAGGGAAGGAGUUAACUGCAGUGCAUAGAAAUCAGGUUACACCCUUAUCAAAGGAGUUGAUUCACCUGGAAAAGGAAGAGGGUGUGGAGAUGGAGGAAUCCCCAGCUAUUGAUGAGCUCCAGAGUGUGACUGUCCAGGAAGAGGCUGUGGUUUUUCUGGAUACAGCAUCAUCGGCUGCUAUGGAGACGGAAGCAGAGGCGAGGGGAGCAGACGGCGGCUCGGGAAUCCCUGGUGGUGCACCAAGCAAGGACUAUGAGUACCCGCUGCACCCCCACAAUACCAACUACCAAAAGAAUGACCGGUGUCCCCCUCCACCGCAAACUCUGCCGGAGCGAGCCUGUGACGUGCUGAGCUGCAGAUCCGACUCGGAGUGUGAGAGGCACAAGCGCUGCUGCUUCAAUGGCUGUAUCUACGCCUGUCUAGAGUCCGUUCAGCCCCCGCCAGUGCUGGACUGGUUGGUACAGCCGAAGCCUCGAUGGCUGGGGGGAAACGGUUGGUUAUUGGAUGGACCGGAAGAGGUAUUACAAGCUGAAGCCUGCAGCACCACGGAAGACGGGGAUGAGCCACUGCAUUGCCCUACUGGGUACGAGUGUCAUAUCAUCAACCCGGGCAGCCCAGCAGAGGGCAUCCCAAACAGAGGGCAGUGCAUCAAGCUACGAGCCAACUCAGAUGGGAGAAAUCUGAGGCACAAAUACCCCAAAGAAUAUCAGGAUGGGAAUUAUAAUAACGUUGUGGCUGGAUUAGAUAAACAGCCCCAGAAGCACUUAGGAUAAAGGAAGAACGUGACGCCAUUGUGCAGCCUGAAGAUUUCUGCAUCAGCCGCGUAAGAACCAGAUUCCCGCAAGACAAAUUGCGGAAACCCCGAAGGAAGAGAAAUGAAAUGAAUUGUAGUUAGCGGCCGUUGGAAUCCUCAGCAAGGUGCUCCUACAUCAUUAUAAUAAUAAUAUUAAUGAGGAUAACAAGACCUGGAAACCAGAGAACGUCUCUCAGCGUUUAUAAGGAUGACAGACAAGUAACGCUCAAUAACAAGACCGGAGCUUCUUGGAUUUUCAUAACGCCCAAACAAUGGCCCUCAUUCCGAGUUGAUCACUCGCUAGCUACUUUUAGCAGCCGUGCAAACGCAACGCAUAGUCACCGCCCACGGGGGAGUGUAUUUUCGCUUUGCAGGAGUACGAACGCCUGUGCAGCCGAGCGGCAGCAAACACAUUUUGUGCAAAACAAGACCAGCCCUGUAGUUACUUCAUACUUACCUACUUUGCUGCCCCCUCCUCCGGGAGGAGGCAGCGUUGUAGGUGCAUGGGGCGUGGCCAACAGGGCAUGGCAUCAGGAUCGCGUCAUCAUGGCUCCGCCCCCCGCUAUGCAGUGCCGAGAAAAGAGGCGCUGUAUAGCGGGGGGCGGAGCUACGAUGACGCAAUUCAGCGCAAAUCGCGUCAUCAGACCCCCUCGGACCGCCGACUUGUUUUCCCGAGGAGGGUCGUGGAGGGGCAGCACGGAAAGCGGGAGGCUUGCCCACCUUUCUGGGGGGCCGGGAGGGCCACACGAUUUUCGGGAGCCUCCCGGCCAUUCCGGGAGGGUAGGCAAGUAUGGGUUACUUAUUCUGUGCGAUGAUGGCCGCGACGAGUGACACGGUAAUGACGUCAGAUACCCGCCCAUCAAACGCCCGGCCACGCCUGCGUUUUUCCAAACACUCCCAGAAAACGGUCAGUUGCCACCCAGAAACUCCCACUUCCUGUCAAUCUCCUUGCGUUCGGCUGUGCGAUUGGAAUCGUCGUUAGAACCAGUGCAAAACCACAAUGUACUUUGCACCCGUACGUCGCACGUGCGCGUUGCAUGCGCAGAUUAGCCUUUUUUUUCAUUGAUCGCUACGCAGUGAACAACGGCAGCUAGCGAUCAACUCGGAAUGAGGGCCAACGUACUUUGCAGCUGUUUAUUGUAUGUGAAACCUGGGAUCUGGUGUCCACUAAAGAGCAGGAAAAGACUGAAACCAACUUUUUUUUUUUUAAAGAUUGUCUUAACAACAUGGCCUUUCCUGGAACGUUCAGCCCAAAAAAUCUUUGUAAAAUAUUAUUGGUCCUGAAGAGAUUAGUAACUUUCGGGCCACUGUCUGUAAACUGACAUUACAGCCAUAAGGAUGAUGACCAAAACAUGUAGAAUGAGCUUACUGCCAAAUGCAAUUAAACGUUUCAUGUCCAAA